UGUCCGUCCACCUCGCCAUUGCUCUCAACGCUCGCGUUGCACUCGCAUCUGAUCCCCUUUCACAUUCUCCCACUCUCUCGCUCUCGGCCUCUUCUCGCUCCGCGCCAACCUUUCCGCUUCCACGUCGCGCCGCCGCCCCCCUCGCACCCCACAUCCGCACUUUAAGCCGGCGAUCGCCCAGUUCGAUCACUCAUCGUCUCGACUCUCGUUCCACCAGCUGAGCGCCGUAACGAGCGACAUUAUCGCACCCAGCCAGCGAGCCAGCGAUCAGAUCGCGACCCGAUCCAGCACCGCACCGCGCCUUCAAUCGCGGACGGCGUGUCACCUUCCUCUGUUCUCCCGCGCUUCAAUACCACCUCGCAGGAUCGUAUCCGCCCCGCGCUAGACACGCUGCCUCUUCUGGCGGCGCAGCAUGAUGGCCACCACGGCCUCGGCUGUCCAGGGAUCGAGCGCCUCGCCGCCUCCCAAUCACCACCUCACGCCCCGCCUUGCAGCCAUGAGAGUCCACCCUCCCCUAGACUUGGACGAGCUAGAUGACCCGGGGCGCCAUAUGGUCCACUGUCAUUUCGAGAACUGCGACGACAGCUCGAGCCAGCACUUUGUGGACCGUUGUGCUCGUUCACCCAGCCCCGCGCUCACGGUCUCGAAUGGCCGCACCACUCCUCCCAGUGUCACUGACUCCUUGGCUCCGUCAAGUAGCGCACUCGCCUCACCUCGCCCCACCACAAUCUCCACCUCCAGUCCCCCACUACCGGGAGGAUCCGCGGCGGUCAACCCACCCCCAGCGGAAAUGGGCCUGUGCUCGCUCAAAGACGAGGAAGAGCUCAAGAUCGCUUUGACGACCAAGGAGCGCCUCAGCGUCCUCAUCAUUGGCAAGGAGAUUGAGGCUUUCAUUGGGCGAGUUCACCGCGGUGAACAUACUUCGAGUGUUCAGUCGAGUCAGCCAUCCACAUCCACCUCGCCUCUCGACCAGCUUGGGCCAAGCAAGAAGCUUGACUUUGCAGCUCACAGCAAGUACCUGCGGAGGAUCGUUUAUAAGCUUGCGGCGUGGUACGGCCUGCGCGCGGUCGUGGGAGAGAAGCAUUCAAUGGUGGUAGGAGUCGACGGCGUACUGGAUCCUCAGUCGACAACUUUGCAGAUUGCCAAGCUGGUACCCGAGACCGCAGAAGUACCAACGCAACAGUUCCGCAUCAUGCAGCGCGACACAUUAAGUGUCACCGACGAGGAUGGGGGAUCUAGGGCGACUUCCGUCUCAGCAGACGAUAACACCGAUUCGCCUGGGCAUCGGCGGACGCUUGAAGAGCGCGAAAUCGCGUACAAGGAGGCGAAGAAGAGGAUUUAUGGCGGCGACGGCGACUUGGAAGAGGACAGCAUGUCGACAGCAGCCAGUCAGCCCAGGUCACGCCAGGCAUCGCGCUAUGGGGAUGGCGAUGACGAGUUCGACAUACCAAGGCGGACGCUGCAGUCGGAGCGUGAGAUUGUCUACGGAUCAUUGUCUCACCCAACACCUGAGAGGUCAUCUGUCCCUCCAGUCAGCCCUGGGUCGCACGGCGGCCCCCCAGCCUUCAACCAGCCUUACGCCGACGGCUACCAGGGUAUGCAGCAGGCGUACAUGGGCUACCAGAUGGGCCCAGACCUCAGCCGGCAGAUGGGACCGUAUCCUAACCAGCAGUUUUCCGGCCCAAUGCCCCUCGGCGGUUAUGGCCCACCAUGGCAACCGCAGCCCAUGCCAGGUCAGAUGCAGAUGAUGGGCAUGAUGCCUCAUGGGGCACAGGGCUGGUAUCCUCCAGACAUGGGCGUGCCCUCCCAGCAAGCGCACAACAUGAUGUCCAUGAUGCCCAUUCCCCAGGGACUGCCCAUGCCGUACGCGCCACCAAUGUCGAAUGGUCAUCCACAGCAGGUCCAGCAAGGCCGAUCAUAUGGUCCACCGUUGGCUCACCCUAUGCCGAUGCGGGCCGGCCUGGAUCCACUCAGCUCUACCGCCUCAUCUAUCUCCUCGCGCUCGUACCAGGACGUCCACUCGCGGCCGCACUCGCGCGGCUCAACAACAAGUACGCGCAGUGCAGCAAGCAGCGUCCGCCUUGGGAGUAUGUAUCCGUCUGGCCAGCAGUCCUACGGCUACCGCCAGAAGGCGGUCAAGCCCAGCCAGGGCAGUUUCUCGUCGUCUAUUGGGAGGCCGACAAUUGACACACGGCGCAGCGGGCGACAGAGUCCAGCCUCAACUACUUCGUCGCGCUCGUCACGGCGCGCAUCAUCAAUACAGAUCCAGCAGCCCCAACCCGGGCAGCAUCCAUUGCCCCCGCGGCCUGAUUGGGCUGCCAAUAACGUGCCCUACCACCCGUCGUCCGCACCACAUCCUGGAGCUGAGCCGAGCACGAGCGACUUCCCGCCUCUGCACCGUGGGGCUCAGGCGCCGGCGUUUAGGGCCGAGCCCAUGCAGAUCGAGAAAGUCAAAAUGCGGCCGUCUCCCGCUGGCACUGCAUGGAAUGGAAGUGGAAGUGAAGGGAAUCGGAACGACCAGCACACCUACGGCUCAACAGUAUACAAUGAGCCCAGCCAUGUCCAGCUCAAUCCCUUCCCGGAUCAUGGCGGGUCGCACCCAGAUAUGACGACACCUCAGCAAAUGUCGCCUGUGGCCUCUGAAGUCGCGGUGUCGAUCCUGCGGAACCCUACGAAGGCUCCGAUGCCCGUCCCUCCUGUCCUGGUCCCCGAUAUCGACCCGGACUUCCCGCGCCGCAUGCCGCCGUCGUCUCGCACGCCGUCGCUGUACGACCCCUCAGCGCCUGUGCCCUCGUCGCGCCCUGUGCGCCACUCGCCGGCGCCGAGCCCGUCUCAUGCACCAGCGGUGGCGGAGCACUCCAUGUCGCCCAGCGCUCCCAGUGCUCCACAGCCCCGCCACCCGCCAAGCUACGCCAAGAUCGUGCGUCGCGACUAGACAUCUAUACA